AUGAACAUAGAUGAGUUGUUAAUCUUUGAAUAAACUAGAACCUUGAUUCUCUUGACAGCAGUGAAAGUUCGAGCAGCUAUUAUGAACCAAGUCAGCUACAGUAGCAAAUAAAUAACUAGUCUGAGGAAUAGAGUGAUUAGAGUUAAGGAUAGGAAGAUACUUGAAAAGAUAACUCUUAUGUUCUUCGGAUUUAUUCUAUUGAUUAUAUAAAUAAGUUCAGAUGCCUCGUUUCCUCUGUCAAUUGCAGGAUUCCCCUUAGUAAUUAUCCAAAUGAGAAAAAUUAUGAUAAACUAUGUUGAGAUAAGAAAAAUUAAAAAACUGCGAAAUAUCCUUGAUAAUCCGAGAAGCAGAGAGAAUAGAGCAGCCCUCGAUGAAAUCAUAGGAAGGCAUUCUAACUAGCAAUUACAAAUAAAUAUUGAUGUAAGAAUGAUUACAGAAAAAAAGGAAUUCAUAGAAAAUAUUGGUUAUUUGACCUUUCUAAUCUUGAUAUUUUUAUGCUAUGAAAAGGAUUUAAACUUGACUCCUUGUUGUAUCGUAGGGGUAUUCUCCUUUGUUCAAAGAUUUUUAUGGCUUAAAUACCUCAAAUCAGAAUACGACAAUUACUAUAAGAUAUGCAUUUUAAUUUUGAAGGCUUUGAUUAAUAUGGCAAUAUUCAACUUCUUUUUGAGAUUUGAUGAAAAGAUAGACUGGAAGUGGGAGGCUAUUUUUUGGCCACUUUACAUCAUUUGCUCCUUGUCUUUGAUAUUCUCAGUAAGUUCUGCUUUAAUUUGUGCUGGGUCAAUCUUGGCUUCAGUAUUAUCAAUCAUUAAAUUUAUCAAAAUUCUCAAUGUUAAAGAAGGGGAAAAUGAACCUAUGAAAUAUUAACUAGGAUUGUUUCCCAGUGCCUACUUAUUUGGAUUGAUUAUCUUGACCAUCCUGAAUUUUGGUUAUUUAUAGCAAUGGCUUAUUGAUAAUGUAUUCAAGUAAAAGUCUCUAUUAAGUUAAUAAAUCAGAGAUCCUAAUAAUAGAAUUAGGAAUGAAAUUGAGGAGCAGAUCUAGGAAACACCAAGAUAUUUGAUGUUAAUUUCUGGUUCUUAUUUCAAAACUUUGAAAUAGUAUUCAAUAGACAUGUAUAGAUAAAUCAAAAAAAUAACGAAUAAAGGGAGUAAAACGAUUCAAGUUCAACCUGAAUCUCCAAAUUUGUAAUAAAAAAGCCUUGAUCCAAAGAAAAAAUAAAAGCAAACAACUAUCUUUGAAAAAUUUGGGAUUUCUAACUAAGUAAAAAUUAUGUCAAUCAAGCAAACUAAGAUGAAGCUAGAUAAGAAAAAAAUAAAUAAAAAUAAAACUAAAACUGAAAGAUUAAGAUCAACCAAAGAUAUCUUUUUAGAUGAUAAUGUUUGCUUUAGUGAGAUAGAUGAAAUGUAACAAAAUAGACUGAUUCAAUAAUAAAGAUAGUAAAGAGCAAGACCUUACUUAAAUGAUGAAAGAAUAUUAAACUAGGUUAGCUUUGACACUCGAGAUUAAACUCUUGUUACAACUUUAGAUAAGCAUUAGCUUCUUGAUACUAUCAAAUAAACCAUAGACUAUAAACAAUAAUUCAAAAAUAUUAAUAAAAACAAUUUAAACUCAAGAUAGGAUCUCUUUAACACACUUGGUGCCUAGAAGUAGUACCUGGUUAUGGAUAAAAAGUCUAUUUACAUUGAUACAUAUAAAAAAUUCAAAGAUGAUCCUGAUGCUUUUAAGUCUGUUUUUAAAAGAAGAUUGUCUGCAACUGAAUUUACACACCAUCCUCCUAAUAUAAAAGAAUAAAUGAUUAAGGCUAAAUAAGAGCUCAGGAAAAAAUUAUAGGGUUAGAAUUCAGCAACCAAAGAUGGUAAAAACACACAAUCAGGUGUUUGCGAUAAAUAAGAAGAAUUAAAGAAAGAAUGUGUGAUAUGCUUAAGCGGAGUAGCUGAUGCAGUGAUAAUGAAUUGUGGACAUGGUGGGUUGUGCUUUGAUUGUGGCUAGAAACUUACAAUGAGUAAACAAGAAUAGAGAUGCCAUUUAUGCAGAAAAAAAAUUAAGCUUAUUCUCAAAAUAGAUCUAAAUCGAAUCAGUGGACAAUUUGUACCAAUUCUAUACUACUUAGAUCUUCGUGGGAAUUUGCCAGAAAUAAAACAGAUUAAAAGAAAAGACAAUAAAAAACCAGUCAUUGAUCUAGAGAGUGUUCAAUUUACUAUCAAUGAUGAAAUACUCUCAGAUGAUAGCAGAAUACAUAUCCAUUAGUUUUAAUCAUUAGACCUAAGCAAUGCGUUUGAGAACACUUAGGUAAGGAAUCUUUUAAACAGAUCUAAUUCAUUUGAAAUGCAACAAAGAUAUUAUGAUGAGGAAUUACAAAUGCCUAGAGGAGAUGCUAUAGAUGACAUUUAACUAAGGACUAUCGAAAGUAUUGAUGAUCAGCUAAAUAUGACAAAUAUAAAUAUCAUAAAUAAUAUGCAGACUCUUGUUGCAAAUUCGAACACAAAUAGAUGA